AUGGCUAUUUAUUUUCUUUUUUAAUACGUUAGGUUUAGGGUACUGGUAAUAAUAAAAGUGAUUAAUUACCAUCAGCAUUAUGUUUUUCUCUGUUGUGUCGGUACCGCCCGGUUGCAUAGCAACCGCUGUCAACAACCUGUUGUGCAGCGAAGCUAACAGGCUAACUCAGUAAGUCAGCGUGUUGCACAAACACUUUUAAAACAAUGGCUCGAGAACUGAGUGAAGAGGAGCUGCAGGAUUUGUACGCAUGGAUCGACAAAAUCCCUCUCUCCCGGCCAAAAAGACACAUUACUAGAGACUUCAGUGACGGAGUGAUGGCUGCUGAAGUUGUCAAAUAUUUCUUCCCAAAGCUCGUUGACAUGCACAACUACAUCCCUGCAAACUCCACACAGCAGAAGCUCAGUAACUGGAACCUUCUGAACAGGAAGGUGUUUUCUAAGCUGAAUUUUAAUGUGCCCGAGGAGAAAGUGAAGAAGAUCACACUGAGCACUGCAGGAGUCAUCGAGCCUGUGCUGAACGCACUCAGGGAGAAGUUAGACCAGAGACUGGAGCACACUACACAGUACUUACCGGAUUUGGACUACUAUGAUGCCUGUAACCUGGAGAAGUUACACAUAGAAACUCAUCACAUCAAAGCAAAUCAUCCGCCCCAGGAAGUGAGAGAUCUGAAAAAAGAUGAAAAAAACAAACUGAAAAAAAGCAAACAGCAUCAGAUGGAGCAGUUCUACACAGAGAUGGACCCUUCUUUCCAACUCGCCCUGCAGGAAAAAGAGCAGGCAGUGGUGGCUUUGCAGGAGACUGUGGAGAUCCUGCAGACGAAAGUGAAUAGGUUAGAGCGCCUUUUACACCUGAAGGACAUGCGCAUCGAAGACCUGACACGGCAUCUGGACAUGUACAAAGCAAAAGGCACCAUGUAGUGAUCAAAACACAUCACGCACUAGCCCACAAAGAGUUUUACUAUUGAUCAGAGUGGCUCUGAUGACAAAUGCAAUAAACUCC